AAUGUCUAUUAUCGAACCUUUGCCUAUGAAUAAUGACUCUUCGACACAAAUGAACCCUAUAUAAAACCCCUGAGGCCCUGACCACUAUUCCAAAUAAAUUAAGCAGCGCGGUCUGAGCCCACGCGAUCAAAACACACUCUCCAAACCAGCCAAUACAACCCAUGUACAGUAGUAUCUUAUCGCGCACUUAAUUUCGACCACCCGACGCUCGAUCUCAAUCUCCCAAAAUCGCCAAACAAUUGAUUCUUCCAACAUACAUAAACGGCCUCGACACCCUUACCUAGGAAACUGCCCCUUCGCCUUUUGUUCAUACCCUCAUAAUCGCAAUUUCAGCCCAAAAUGCCCGCAAUGUGGCUCUCUGAUAAUCAAAAAAUCGGAAUGAUCUUCUGCUCAGGAGGAGCCCUCUUCCUCUUUGGAGGAGUUCUCCUCUUUUUCGACCGAUCCCUCCUCGCAAUGGGAAAUAUCCUCUUCCUAAUCGGCCUAACCCUAAUAAUCGGCUUCCAAAAAACCCUCGCCUUCUUCAGCCGCCGCCAAAAACUAAAAGGCACGGCCGCCUUCACCGCGGGCAUCCUCCUUAUUCUCCUCCGGUGGCCGCUAACGGGCUUUCUGAUCGAGCUAUACGGACUGUUUAUUCUCUUCGGCGAUUUUCUGAUCACGAUUGGGCAGUUUGCGGGCAAUAUUCCGGUUGUGGGGCCGUAUUUACAGAGGGGGUUGGAAGUUUUGGCCGGGGGGAGGGCUAGUAAUGCUGAGCUUCCUGUUUGAUCUAGGGUGUGAGCGUGAGUGGUUG